UCGUCCCCACCAUGCAAGGCGGCAACCUUGACCUGGAGCUCGAUGAAGAAGGAGUACUACAAAUGGGCCACAACCACAACCACAACCAUACAAGGUCCAAUCCUACCAUCCAUGGUGGUGGAGGAGGAGGUGGAGUCCCAGACGCUUGGCUCCCCAUCACGGAGUCGAGGAACGGCAAUGCCUUCUAUGCAACAUUCCACUCCCUUAACACUGGAAUCGGAUUUCAAGCUCUCUUUCUUCCCUUUGCUUUCUCCAUCCUUGGUUGGACUUGGGGAAUCGUAAGUUUGUCUUUUGGAUUCGGAUGGCAGCUAUACACUCUCUGGUUACUCACCAAACUCCACGAAUCAGUUCCUCCUGCGACGCGCUACAGUAGAUACCUCCAUCUAGCUAAGGCUGCAUUCGGUGAAAAGCGAGGGAAAUGGAUGUCCUUAUUUCCCGUCCUGAAUCUAUCGGGUGGGACAUGUAUUGCAUUGGUAACUCUUGGAGGUGGGGCCAUGAGGCUUUUCUUCCAGACAGUUUGUGGAGGUGAAGGAACUACUAGCUCAUGCCACCACGCCAAGGACCUUACGAACCCCGAGUGGUUUCUGGUGUUUAUGUGCAUUGCCCUUUUACUGGCUCAGCUUCCCAAUCUAAACUCUUUUGCCAGUGUCUCGCUCGUUGGUGCCAUCUCAGCCAUUACUUACUGUACCAUCUUAUGGGUAGUUCCCAUUACCCACGGUAGGGUGGUUGGUGCUUCUGAGCCAAUAUUGCAGCCGGCCAAGUCUGGGAUGGCCAAGACGUUCAGUAUCCUCAAUGCACUUGGAGUCAUUGCUUUCUCUUUCAGAGGCCACAAUCUCGUACUUGAAAUCCAGGGUACAAUGCCUUCAACUGAAGAACAUCAAUCUCAGGUGUUAAUGUGGAAAGGGGUGAAAUUUGCAUAUCUUCUCAUUGCAAUGUGUUUGUAUCCUCUUGCAAUAGUAGGGUACUGGGCUUACGGUAACCUGGUACCUCAGAACAGUUAUGGGAUGUUGAGCACCUUGUACAAAGUUCAUGGAAACAAUGAAACAUCAAGGUUUGUGUUAGGAUUAACAAGUAUGCUUGUGGCAGUUAACUGUCUAUGCUCUUUCCAGGUAUAUGCAAUGCCUGGAUUUGACAAUUUGGAGGUGGUUUAUGUUAGUAAAAUGAACAGACCAUGUUCAAGGUGGGUGCGAAUGGGUAUUCGGAUCUUUUAUGGAUUCUUGGUUUUCUUUAUAGCUGUAGCACUCCCAGUCUUAGCAAACUUGGCUGGUAUACUGGGUGGAAUCUCAUUACCCAUGACAUUAGCUUACCCUUGUUUUAUGUGGAUUAACAUAAGGAGACCUAAUCGAUACAAUGUGAUGUGGUUCCUAAACUGGGGGCUUGGGAUUCUCGGUAUAGUUCUUAGCUUUUUAGUCAUUGCUGGAGCAUUGUGGAGCAGAGUGAACAAAGGUAUUACUGCCAACUUCUUCAACCCUCCCUCACUUUUCAGCAUGUGAACCUUAGAACUGUUAUGUCUUAUCUCUUUCUCUGUAAUUCCGAAAAUAAAUUUAGCCCUGUUUUUUUUUUUUUUCCUCAGAAGAUGUUAACCUCAAAAAACUUGACCAUGUUGAAAAAGUGUAGAAGAUUGUAUUCAUGCUAACAAUCAAUAUAGUGGUUCUCUCUCUCUCUCUCU